AUGGAUGAACAUCUCAAGCGUAGUGGUCGUGAGAUAGCACUUCCUAUUGAGGCAUGUGUAAUGAUGCUGUUGGAAACAGGGAUGAAAGAGGAGGGGCUGUUCCGAAUUGCUGCAGGAGCGUCUAAAUUGAAAAAGCUAAAAGCUGCAUUGGACUGCUCUGCCUCACAGCUGGACGAAUUCUAUUCUGAUCAACAUGCUGUUGCAGGUGCCUUGAAAUCAUAUCUGAGAGAGCUACCAGAACCUUUAAUGACAUACCAGCUUUAUGAUGAAUGGGUCCAGGCUGCAAGCGUACCAGACAUGGACAAGAAGUUACAAGCCCUCUGGCUAACUUGUAGCAAAAUGCCAAAGUCAAACAACUCCAACUUCAGGUAUCUUAUAAAAUUUCUCUCAAAGCUUGCGCAACACAGUGAUGUCAACAAAAUGACUCCUAGCAACAUUGCAAUUGUGUUGGGGCCCAAUCUACUGUGGGCUAAGAAUGAAGGAGCACUUGCAGACAUGGCAGCAGCUACCUCAGUUCAUGUAGUUACAAUCAUUGAGCCGAUAAUUCAACAUGCGGACUGGUUCUUCCCAGAAGACUUGGAUUUCAAUGUGUCAGGCAUGUUUGCGCCAAUGACCCCUGCCAAUCACCUUAAUAAUCUGCCCUUGUUUGGAAAUGACUAUGAUAGUAGCACACUGGAGAGGAAGAGGCCUGUAAGUGUGGCCACAGUUGAAGAUAUGGUUAAAAAAGACAGCAUGAGGAAGGUAUCAAGCUUGGGUGUAAAGGUUAUUGAACCUCAAUUGAAUCCUCGCAGAGCUGGCACUCUGAUCAGGAAGCACACAUGCCCAACUGUGCAGCCACCUCCCCCUCCUGUUGAGGCAGUUCAUAUCAAUGAGCAGCAGCCAUCAGGGUUGGGCCUUGAGUCUGGCCCAGCAGCUGCUGCUCUUCCUACUACUGCUAGUGUGACUGAGCUGCAAGAAACUGAUGAACACAGCCCUUCAAAGUCCAAAGAGCCUGCUGGCACUCCGCCACCUGUCAGAAAUGAUGCUAACACAGCCAGUGCAGGGGUGAGCCCGUCACAGCCAACUGGCACAGGGCCCACUCAGCUCAACGUUGCUGCAGGAUCAAAUACAACGGGUCCUAGUCCACACGUAAUCAGAAGAGCAACGAAAAAGCCUGCUCCCGCUCCUCCAAAACCUACAAAUCCACCUCCUGGGCAACCUGCAGGUCAUGGAACUAACCAGCCUGCUAGCCAAGCUUCCGUGCAUUCACCAAAGCAGCCUAACCAAGUUGCCAGUCCAUCUCUGAGUCAGCCUGGAAACUGGAGUCCUGUUCAAUCCCAUGGACAGUCAGUUUCUCAACCUACGAUCCAGCCACGCAGGCAUUCUAGUAAUCUAAUGGUUAUUCAUGCUCCGAGUCACCCCCCACCUCAACCUCCAGCACAGCCUAUCAAUCCUUAUCCAUGUAAAGCACCUAGUGACCAAGUAACCGAUCAGUCCUCCCAUAGCCCACCUGACACACCAACUCCUCCCAGCACCCCUCCAUUAGGAACACACAAUACAAGCUUCCAUUUAAAUCAGCACUUCCCACAUGGCCAGGUUUCCACAGCAAAUCAGGACCUGCAACCCCAGCAGUCACUUCCCCCCCAGUUUGCCACUUUGCCAAGAGCACGACCAGUACCAAAGCCGAGGAAUCGACCCAGUGUUCCACCACCUCCACAGCCAGCUGUAACAGUCCCUGCUACAAAUUGUUCCAGUCCUCCAGAACAUGCUUUGCCAAAUGUGGCAACUACAGCUUCAAAAAUAGUUACUGAUUCUGAUUCUACUGUGCAAGAGCAGGACUCGAACCAGCCUGUGGAGUUAAUGUCUGCUGCAGGCAACUCUGAACUUGGAAAACAUGAGCAGCAAGAUCUUGACGAUGACUCUGAGAGCACCGCUUUGUGAAGGGUCCUGACACUCCUCCAUUUGCACCGCUAAGCUAUCCUCUUAGAAGCUUAAUUCUGCUGCUGUCAAAAGGAUAUGCCAGCUACAAAAAAAAUAACUCAAGAAAGGAAAUAAAACUCUCUUGGUUGUUUUCUGCUAGAUGUGCUCAUGUUGCAUGGAAUAUGAUUGAAGAUUUCAUCAGUGCCACUAUCAUGAUCCCAUCAAUGCCACUAUCAUGAUCUAAUCAAUGCCACUAUCAUGGAUUCAUCAAUGCCACUAUUAUGGUCUCCAAACUGAUCCUCUGCUUUGUUUGUAGUUCAGACAGGAGAUUCUUCUGAAAGACAUUCAUUCAUUGCAAGAAACUGUGAUUGUAUGAGAAACCGUUCCCCAUUGGGAGUUCAACUGUGGGUUAAUAGCCAACCAUUUGGUUACAUUUGGGUUUCUAGUGCCUUAUUCAAUUGUCACCAAGUUUCUGGAUGGAAACUCACCAUGGUCUUGUUUUCUUCUUUCUUUUAAAUAUUGUACUCUGAGCAGUAUCCAGAUUUUGUACAAGUAAUUAUUUCUGUGUUGAAUUAAACACAUGCAAGAAAAUGGUACUGGACUGAGACAGUCUGCUCAAUCUGUACAUUUGUAUUUAUCCUAAUGCGGUUUGCUUGUAAGAUUAAUACUAAACCAGUUGUACUUGGUUGGUAUUCAUUUUGCUAUGUUCUUCUGUUUAACAUAAAGUGCACUUCUUGCCUUAGGUCUUGUUUUGCAUACAAGGCAGUUUUCUAACUGAUUAAAUCUGAAUAAAUGACACUGUUUUCAUUAGUCUGAAAAUCUGUUAUGAAUUAUAAACAAAAAUACAUUCUGAAGAAAAUGUGUACAAAUUACAUACAUGUAUUAAGAAAAUAAAAUGCACCACUAAGCUGGUUGUUUGUGGGCAAGGACUG